UAUAAUUGGUGACAGAAAGAAAUCGCGCUGGAAUUAAACAGGCUGACACGGACUUUGGUGAUGGGCUCUGGCAGAAGCCAGGCCGGAUUACACCCGUGUCACAGAAUUGGUGAUGGGACCCCCUGAAUCAUACCCGGCAUCGCGUUCGGCCCCGGCAGCUGCAACACAAGCCCCGCGCUUGCAGGCGCUCUCCAGCCAACGUACCACAGUACUUCUGCUGCUCAGCUUCACAACCACGCACCAAGCAGCACCAUACCGUAUGGUAUGCAACACAAGCCCCGCGCUUGCAGGCGCUAUCCCGCCAAUGUCCCACAGCUUAAGCUGCAGCUUAGGGCCUUUGGGGGCUACGCCGUGGGGCUACACUGAGCAUUGUGCGUAUACUAUAGGAAUAGCGUCACUAGCCAAAGCAGCCUGUCUGCGUGUUUUCGCCCGACUUGGAUUCAGGGUGCACAGGAAUUGGUGACGGGCUCUGGCAAAGUCUAGUCGACAUUGUUCCCUGCUACCAAAUUGGUGAUUUUCACCAAAUUGGUGUCACCAAUUGAGCGUGGCAGUACGGUAUGUUGCACCGCUCACUCUCUCUGCAGCAUCCCCGACAACACCUGGUGCGGCAGCAGCUGCCCCUCCUGCCACUCGCCCGCGCAUGAGCACGAGCACAACAACAGCCACGGCCACCAGCACGGCGGGCCACGACGGCGCGGGCGACUUCUGCGCCAGCCUUAUGGAGUACGGCGCCGCGGCGGCAGCUGGCAGCUGGCGCCCGCUGGAGGCCGGCGGCGAGUCGCCGGGCCCGCGCGGCUGGUUCGCCGCCGCCACCACCCCCGACGGCCGCCUGCUUCUGCACGGCGGCCUGGACGGAAACAACCAGCGCCUGGGGGACAUGUUUGUGCUGGACGUGCACGCGGCCGCGUAGGUGUGGAACAGAAGGUGGAGGCGGCUUAGAUUGUGGAUGUGGAUGUGGAUGUAUUGGCCGGGGAUUAGUUGGUGUGCUGGAGGAUUUAGGUGCACGCGGGAAUGUGCGCAGUGGCGGAGGAGCAGGUGCAUGGGUAAUGGUGGGCCCUUUUUGUAUACCAGAGCGCACAUACCCCGGCACGAACACCGUGUGCGCACUACCGUACUGUAGCGAAUGACUAAAGUGCUGCAUAGCAUGCAUACGACACGGAUAGUGAGCGUC